AGAUAGUCAGAGCCUCGUCGACUCUGCCCCACGUAUUUGUCCCAGCCGGACCACUUGGAUUGAAUCCUGAACGCUCGCACCGCCGUUGCCCGACCGGGUGGUUACUGCAGCAGGAAAUGACGCCGAGAAGCCAAUUGAGGGGUGUGUCUCUGUCUUGACCGAAAUCGUCGAGAUAUUUAGUCGCGGCGGGACGGUGAUUAUCCUGCCGCCGCACCUGCGUAAGCCAUGGUUGUCCAUCUCCCUCAACUGAUGCGGGUAGACGGAAGUUCGCCCCUAGGCACUAUUUCUUCGACCACCAGCCGCCGAUCCAAUGCAUCAAUUGCCAUGCUGUUCACACCAGAAUCCCCGGGUGACAGACCCAGUCUCGGGGCGUUGGUGUCCUGUAUCCGAGAUUCUCGAGAUCACCAUCAGCUGUCUUUGCAGCGGCGUGACUUGGGAGUACACGGUCCAGAAUGGAUUUCCAGUUUGUUACGCAGUUACUCGUACAACAUGGGGCCGAAGAGCACGCCGGCAAAAACUUUGUCUUCCGUCCGUCUCCUGGCCUCAUGCUCUUCUCCUGCUUGGUGUUCGGUUGUUGCGUGUCGUCCUUUUCUCACCGGAGACAAAACCAAGAUCCUUUUCAGUUUCUCAUCUAUAUCGUCCUGCUUGGCGCCGCGGGCGCGGCCGGGUACGGGGCCCGAGCACAUGCCCACUUGAUUCUCCUGGGCUAUCUGCCCUUCGCAACCUGCGCGGCCAUGAUCAUCAGCAUCUUGGGACAUGCGAUAUACAGACGGCUGAAGCAUGCAGAGGCACCGCGCCAGGAAGACGAGGAGAAAGCGCGGUUGUUGGGCUGAAUUGCUGGCGGACGGAUUUCCACGCCACAUGGCCAGUUUCCGGGGCUGGUCUCCGCCGCUUCUCGCUGCGCGGGGGGGAACGGGGGGUUGAAAUGGACACGAUUCUUCAAGCGAGUUGGUUCUGUCAUCGCUUCCUCGCUGGAAGACGCCAGAGCGCUGCAUGAAUGGGCAAGGAACGAUUCCUCAACACGGCGGCUGUGAAGCAGCAUGCCGGAAUCGAGUGUAGCCCGUCGAAGCAAUGCAGGACCGCAAAGUUGAGGUUUUGCAGCGAUUGUCUCCUAGGCACAUCGGUGAGAGAAGA